AUGCAGCAGAAGAGGCAAUCCAUGGUGAAAAACAAGAGCGAGAUAUACCCACAGAAGAGCCUGAACCUGGGGCAGAAGUCAAAAAGCAGAGGAAAAAAUAUGAACGGAAAAAUCAAAGUGGUGGUAAGGAAAAGACCCAUCAGUGAGUUGGAAAAAAAAAGGAAAGACAAUGACAUCAUAACGGUAAAGGAUAACUCCACCAUCUAUAUAGACGAGCCAAGAUACAAAGUGGACCUCACCAAAUAUGUGGAGAGACACGAAUUCAUAGUAGACAAGGUCUUUGACGAAACGGUAGACAAUUUUACCGUCUACAUAAAUACAAUAAAGCCGCUAAUUGUGGACAUCUUCGAAAGUAACUGUGUCUGUUCCUGUUUUGCGUAUGGACAAACAGGGAGUGGAAAAACGUACACCAUGUUAGGGUCUCAGCCAUAUGGACAAAGCGAAACGCCAGGGAUUUUCCAAUACGCAGCAGAAGAUAUCUUCAGUUUUUUAAGUCUCUACGAUAACGAUAACAGCAAAGGAAUUUUCAUCUCCUUUUACGAAAUUUACUGUGGGAAACUAUACGAUUUGCUACAGAAAAGAAAAAUGGUUGCCGCUUUGGAAAACGGGAAGAAAGAAGUGGUGGUAAAAGACCUAAAAAUUUUAAGAGUAUACUCCAAGGAGGAGUUAAUUUCGAAGAUGAUUGAUGGAGUCAUGUUACGAAAGAUAGGAGUUAACUCUCAAAAUGAUGAGUCGUCUAGAUCCCAUGCUAUCCUGAACAUUGAUUUGAAAGAUAUACAUAAGAAUGUCUCUUUGGGAAAAAUUGCCUUUAUAGACUUGGCAGGGAGCGAAAGGGGUGCUGAUACCGUUGCUCAGAAUAAACAGACACAAACAGACGGAGCUAAUAUUAAUCGAUCGUUGUUAGCUCUGAAGGAAUGCAUCAGGGCUAUGGACUCAGACAAACAUCACAUUCCAUUCAGAGAUUCAGAGCUAACUAAAGUGUUGAGAGAUAUAUUUGUUGGCAAAUCUAAGAGCAUCAUGAUUGCAAAUAUUUCCCCCACCAUUAGUUGCUGCGAGCAGACGCUGAAUACACUAAGGUACUCUUCGCGCGUCAAAAAUUUUAAGCAUAAAAUGAAUGCGACGGAAGAGGAAGACCCCAAUAGCGAGAAGAUUAGCAUCCUGGAGUCGAGAAGCGGCGAGAUGAAUACCUCCGGAGCGGAGGGCGCGGAUAUGAAAUCGAAUUCGCUCAUGCAGAGCGGCAGGGUGAACAUGAAGUCGAACGAGGUGAGGGACCAGCACGGAGGGGGCUGCGGUGGCAGCAGUGGUAGCGGUAUCGUAAGUGGCAUGGUCAGUGGCCUGGUGAACUCUUCCCGAACGGGAAAACACCUCGUGAAAAAUCAGGACGGCGUGACCAUCAACCAGACCAAGUACAACUCAGUCAACGAUAUGGAUAAGCUAGCGCAAAAGAAGAAGAAGAAAAAGAGCCUCUUAAAUUUCAAAAGCAAUAACACAAAUUAUGACAGUGUCUCGAGGAAGCAGAAUUUCAUCCAGGAAAGUUACACCUUCUCGGACACCUCGGAUUUCUCCUCCUUGGAUGAGAUGAAUUGUAACCUGAACAAGAAUGACAAGAAUAUGUUUCUGGCGUGCAGGAAGAACGCGAAACAGGGCGUCAUCAAGAACAGGAGCAGCUGCGACGGCGUGUCCAGCAAAGCGAAGAAGGCCGAUGUGCAAUUGCUCCGGCACAGCGUUGGCAGCAAGUUGACCAACUUCUCGAACGAACGGGAACGCCUGAAGGAGAGGGCCUUCUUCCGUGGUAAUGGCAUCUCCGCCAGCGGAAACGCGGCAAGAACGAAUCAUGGUGUUGGCGGGGGUAACGCGGUCAUUGGUAGCGCAGUCGGUAAUGGCGCAGUCGGUAGUAAUGUAAUCGUAAACAAUGCCAGCCACGUGCACAUCCGGCACACCAACGAAAGGGGGAAGAACAGAGAAAGCGACAACAUAUUUUACGAUGCCGUCUCGAACACGUCGGAGAGCGCGAAAAACACACUUAACGUGAAAGCGAAGAACCAAGCAGGCCAGCACGCAAACAACCCCGCUGCAGGAAUUGGCCACAAGAUGAGUUACAAUUACAUCCAACCUGACAGCAGCAACUCCUUCGUCGGCAUAAAGGAGAGAGAAACGAAAGGCACCAGCCUUUUUAUCAAUUGUGACACAGAAAGUACCAUCUGCGUGGAGAAGGAAAACCCAGACCCCACAGGAAACCUUUCAAGAGUGCAUCUAAACACAAAAGCAACUUCGUUUGAAAAAUUGCCAAACGAUGUGAACUGUGCUCCAGGGGAACCUCCACUUGAUAGUGGUAAUGGGGAAUACUGCGACAGGGCGAUCCUCGGUGUGCACGCCAAUGGGUUGUCUACGGUGCAUGCGGAUGUCGGUCUCCCCAACAAAGGCAACCCAGUGCAGAACACCUCCAGGGAAUUCUUUCCUCCCAGUCAAACUUACAGCCAAAAUUACACCCAAAACAGUUUUAACCAACAUAGCGGGAACAGCCCAAUCGAAGUGAUCGACAUUAACGACGUGCGCCAUGAAGAGUGCCACAAAAUGGGAGCUCCCGAGACAGGAAAUUUUAGUAGCCAAAACGUGGAACAGAGUGAAUUCCCCCUUGGAGAUCACGCAAAACAGUUUCAGAAAAAUCUGAACAACAUGGUAGACAAUUGCCUGAACACACUAAAUAUAGCCAACCUGUGCGAAGACACACAGAACAUACUGAAUAACAUUUUGCUCUCAAAAUACACAGCAGAUAAAGAAAUGUUAAUAAAAAAAUACAUCAACGAGGAUGUAAGUGGCAUGAGCUUGGAAACGUUAGACAAGUAUGCUCAGCUGAUAUAUGAGAAGAGAAAGACGAUUCUCAGUAACCUCCUUUUAUUGUUCAAAAAGAAUGUCGAUUUACAGACAGACAAUGAGACGAGUGACUUAAAGAAGGAUCUGGUUAUGUGUCAUAUUUGUAGUAACAAUCCAGAUGAUCAGUUUCAUUUUUAUGCCUACAGUAGAUUAGAAAAGGACAUGAUAAAUUUAAUAACGCUACGGCAGCUGUGGUGCGAGAGUGAAAACUUGAGACAACUGCAUCAGUACCUGAUGGUUGAAUAUCAGAACAAGUCUGCCAAUUUAAUCACCUUUAAUGUUUUCCCGGGUAAAAUUAGCCCCAGCUCAUUGAGCAAGAAGUAUGUGGAGGAUGCCAAGGGGCAGUCGGACGCCGCGAGGUCAGCUGUGGGUCCUCUGCAGUAG